AUGGCUUCGAGAUUCAUAGUGUUGUUUUUCGCACUACUGGCUGUGAAUGCCCAUCCGCCUGAGACUUUUGAUAUCAGAAAUUAUGGUGGGAAACCCGACGCAAAUAUAGCCAAGGCUUUAUCGAGCGCUUGGAAGGAGGCAUGUUCAGCUACAACUCCAAGCACAGUUGUGGUACCAAAAGGCACAUUCAAGUUGGAUCAAAUAAAAUUAGUAGGCCCCUGCAAAGCCCCCAUUAAGCUUCAAGUCCAGGGCACAGUUAAAGCCCCUUCAGAUUAUACUAAUUUGCCCAACAAGAACGCCGAAUGGAUCACUAUAAGUUACGUCGACCACUUGACAAUACAAGGUGGUGGAGUUUUUGAUGGCAAUGGUAAAAAAGCAUGGACCAAAAACGAUUGUGGCAAAAAUCCAAAAUGUGCUAAACUUCCAAUAAAUCUCAGCUUCAAUUUCAUCACCAACUCAAUCAUUCGUGAUGUGACGACAAAAGAUAGCAAAAAUUUUCACGUCAAUGUUUUAGGGUGUAAGAAUGUUACGUUCCAACGCUUUACCGUUAGUGCGCCGGGUGACAGUAUCAAUACAGACGGACUUCACAUUGCAAAGUCUGAAUAUAUUAACGUCAGGGACUGUGUCAUAAAAACAGGAGAUGAUUGCAUCUCCAUUGGUGAUGGUAUGAAACAACUCCAUAUCGAAAAGGUGACUUGUGGGCCAGGCCACGGUAUUAGCGUAGGAAGUCUUGGUAAAGGCAAGACCGAAGAAGAUGUGACCGGGAUUUAUGUCAAGAAUUGCACAUUCAUUGGCACCCAAAAUGGUAUUAGAGUGAAAACAUGGCCUUCUGCCCCAGCAACACUCAAGAUAACAGAUUUGCAUUAUGAAGAUAUUAUUAUGGACAAUGUUGAGAAUCCUAUUAUCAUCGAUCAAGAGUAUUGUCCAUGGAACCAGUGCAAGCUAGACUCUCCAUCACUUAUCCAAGUCAGUCGAAUGACUGUAAAAAACAUUAAGGGCACCACAAAAACUCCGGUGGCAAUGACGUUUGCUUGCAGCAAAACCAAACCUUGCAAAAAUGUGGAGAUCGGAGAUAUUGAUCUUGCAUACAGUGGAACCAAAGGCCCGAUCACAACUAAAUGUGCCAACAUCAAUCCUACUUUUGUUGGCAAACAGAAUCCACCAAUAUGUGCUGCUUGA